AUGUCCGGGAACCCCAGGGAUCAGUUGUACAAGCUCCAGAUGGCCCUCCAAAACCGCCGCGGCGGUUUUGGUGGCGGCUUCGGUGGUGGUAAUCCUCGCGCCGGCAUGGGCCUCGCUACUUUGCUUCUCACUGGACUUGGAGUAUAUGCUGUUUCCAACUCGCUGUUCAACGUUGAUGGUGGUCACCGUGCGAUCAAGUACUCCAGAGUAGGUGGUGUCAAGAAGGAAAUCUACAGUGAAGGAACUCACCUUCGGAUUCCCUGGAUCGAAACUCCUAUUAUCUAUGAUGUCCGCGCAAAGCCGCGCAAUAUUGCUUCCCUUACCGGUACCAAGGACUUGCAGAUGGUGAACAUCACCUGCCGUGUCCUGUCCAGACCCCGUGUGGACGCCCUCCCCCAAAUAUACCGUACCCUGGGACAGGACUUUGAUGAGCGUGUGCUCCCUUCGAUUGUGAACGAGGUCUUGAAGAGUGUGGUGGCACAAUUCAACGCCAGUCAGUUGAUCACUCAGCGUGAGAACGUUGCCCGCCUGGUCCGGGAGAACCUUGCUCGUCGGGCUGCUCGCUUCAACAUUGCCUUGGACGAUGUGUCGCUUACGCACUUGACCUUCUCCCCCGAAUUCACCGCCGCCGUCGAAGCCAAGCAGGUUGCUCAGCAGGAAGCCCAACGGGCCGCUUUCCUGGUCGACAAGGCCCGCCAGGAGAAGCAGGCAUUCAUUGUGCGCGCUCAGGGUGAGGCUCGCUCAGCCGAGCUGAUCGGUGAUGCCAUCAAGAAGAGCAAGAGUUACAUCGAGCUGCGGAAGAUCGAGAACGCCCGCCAAAUCGCCCAGAUCCUGCAGGAGAACGGUGGCCGGAACAAGCUGUACCUGGACAGCCAGGGAUUGGGCCUGAACGUCAACGCGGGCUCCGACGACACGAAAUAA